AGCACUCUCUCGCCAAUAGGAAGUGCUCGGAGGCGGGCCUGGCAGUCGGUGACCGGCUACGACGCCAUGAAUAUCUUGCCCAAGAAGAGCUGGCACGUCCGGAACAAGGACAAUGUCGCCCGCGUGCGGCGUGACGAGGCUCAGGCCCGGGAGGAGGAGAAAGAGCGUGAGCGGAGGGUGCUGCUCGCUCAGCAGGAGGCCCGCACAGAAUUCCUACGGAAGAAAGCCAGGCGUCAGAACUCGCUACCUGAGCUGGAAGCAGCAGAGGCAGCAGCCCUGACUCCUGGCCCUGUGGACCUGUUCCGGGAGCUGCUGGAAGAAGGGAAAGGGGUGACCAGAGGCAACAAAGAGUACGAGGAAGAAAAGCGACAGGAGAAAGAGAGGCAGGAGAAAGCUCUGGGUAUCCUGACAUACCUCGGCCAGAGUGCAGCAGAAGCCCAGACCCAACCGCCUUGGUACCAGCUCCCCCCAGGACGAGGGGCACCUCCACCUGGCCCAGGUCCAGAUGAAAAGAUCAAGAAGCGCCUGGACCCCCUGCGGGAGAUGCAGAAGCAUUUGAAGAAGCGGCGGCACAGUGAGGACGGGGACAGUGUUGGUCACGGCAGAAAUAGAGAGGGAAAGGAGCGGCCGGAGAAGCAGCGGCCUGAAGCACGACCAUCCCUGGACCAGCUUCUAGCCGAACGUCUCCGGCGGGAAGCGAGCGAGCGGGCUCGUGCGGAGGCUCUCCUGGCCCGAGUGCGCGGCACGGCCCCCCCGGAGGACCAGCCUGCAGAGGAGAUGGACGAACGGCGGGGGCGGUACAACUCCCAGUUCAACCCCCAGUGGGCCCGGCGCCCUGCCAGCAAGACCCAAGUGCUCACGGACUCCUGGGGGGAUAGGAGAGGCCGCAGCUGCCAGCCGUCAUAUAAAACUAUUUAUUCAUAAAUAUUUUCCAAAAUGAAAA